AUGGAUCCCUUCAUGAUCCCCACAGAGGCGGUGCCCAUCGAUGAGGCACACCCCUUGUUUGAGGGCGACUGUGAUCUCUCAGCUCCAGUGAUCACCAGCCGGGCAGAGCAGCUGGUGUUGGCAGUGGCACUGACGAUGCUCUUGGUCGUGGUCUCUGGAAAUCUCAUCCACCGCGCCCGGCUGAACUUUUUGCCGGAGUCCUUGGUGUCGGUGUGCCUGGGUGCCAUCUUGGGCUUUGCGCUCUAUGCUUCCGAUUGGGGUGGCGAACGUGAUAACUUGGACCCAAAGGUUCAGUAUGCCAUCUUCAGUCUAUCCUUGAAGUUGUUCUGCUUGCCCAUGAUCAUUUUUGAAUCUGGAUGGUCUCUGCGGCAACGUGACUUCUUUUCCCAGAAUUUGGCUACAUCAUGA